AUGGCCGGAGCAGCUGAUGGCCAGAAUGGCCACCUUCAGAAACGGUUUUCCAAAAUUACCAUGGUCGGUAUGGCAUUCGCCAUUCUGAACACCUGGAUCUCCUUGGCAGGUUCAAUCGGGCUCGUCAUGCCAUCCGGCGGCUCGGUGUCUUUUGUGUACGGAUUCAUCUUCUGUGUUCUCUGCAACAUCUGCAUGAGUGCCAGCGUUGGAGAGCUCGCGUCAAUGUACCCCACAGCUGGUGGUCAAUACCAUUAUGCUUAUGCUCUGUCGACUCAGAAAUGGAGGAAAUCGAUGAGCUUUUUCGUAGGAUGGAUCAACAUUGCAGGAUGGCUUACCCUCAACACCACGGCUGCCUACUUUGGAGCUCGGUUCCUUGCCGCCGCAGCCGUGGCAGGAUCUGGUGGUACUUACCAGAUUACACAAUGGAGUACAUACCUGAUGUUUGUCGCCGUGUCCAUCAUCGGCGUGUUUCUCAACAUCUUCGGCUACCCCAUCCUAAAUCGAUGGAACGAGGGCGCUUUGUAUUGGUCUUUGCUCAGUGUUGUGGUGAUCAGCAUCGUCCUCCUAGCGACGUCACCUAAAACGGAUGCCGAAUUCGUCUUUACAAACUUCUCCAACACCACAGGCUGGAGUGACGGGACUGCUUGGAUGCUCGGACUCCUUCAAUCAGCCCUUAGCCUCAUCGGCUUUGAUGCGGUGGCACACAUGGUUGAGGAAAUGCCACGCCCUCAAACCGAUGCCCCUCAGGCAAUGAUCGGGGCAGUGCUUGUAGGUGGGACUACCGGCAUUGCUUUCAUCCUCGUCAUGCUAUUCUGCGCUGUCGACAUCGACGUUCUCCUCGCAUCGCCUACUCAGAGCCCCCUUACCGAAAUGAUAUCCCAGGCCACCGGGAACCAGGCAGCAGCGGCGAUUCUCAGCGUCGCGGUGGCCCUUUGUUUUGUCAACGGGGCGAAUGGUUGCGUCACGUCCGGCAGUCGCCUGGUAUGGGCUAUGGCACGAGACAACGGUACGCCGUUCUCAAAGUACUUGUCGCAACUUCAUCCGAAGCUGAACGUUCCUGUUCGUGCUAUUCUAGUGCAGGCCGUCUUCAACUUGCUCUUUGGUCUUCUUUACCUCGGGCCCGAGGUCGCGUUCAAUGCCUACAUCGCAAGUUGCACUCUGUUUCUCAACCUCUCAUAUGCAUUGCCGGUCAUGAUUUUACUGGUGAGAGGUCGGCAUCUGGUGUCUGCCAACCCCCCUGAAUUCUAUCUCGGUAAAGGAGUUCUGGGGUACGCCAUGAACUGGAUUUCAGUUCUUUUUGUGCUGGUUACAUCAGUGUUCUUCUGCUUUCCUCCUGCGAUACCCAUUGACAUAUCUACCAUGAAUUACGUCACGGCUGUCAUCGGUAUUUUCAUCGUCUAUGCAGCGGUACUACGGAUUGUGAAGAGAAAGACCUACAAUGGUCCGAAGUUCGACCUUAUCCUGGGUGAGGAACUCCCAGUAGCCCAUCCAACAGCCCAGGAAGAUGAUACUUUGAAAGGUGCCGGAUUGGAUGGCAACGGCAAGGAAUGA